AUGGAUUUUUCUCUCAAUUGUAUUUUGAUUGCUGCUAUUGCAUGCAUUUUAACGAUAUCAUCAGUAGAAUGUGGGGGAGGUGGUGGUGGUCAUCACAAACACUACAUUAAAGCCGAAGUUCCUUAUCAUGUUCACCAUGAACAUCAUGUUGAAAAAGUUGCAGAAGUUAAAUAUAUCAAAGUUCCUGUUGAGAAAGAAGUUAAAAUCCUGGAACCAUACAAAGUUCCAUACAAAGUUAAAGUCCCUUACAUUAUUAAGCAAGACAUCAAAACUGUGCCAGUUUUCUCCCAUCCUAUCCAUAGUUCCGAGCACGUUCAUCACGCUUCAAAAUCUUAUGGGCAUGAAGGUUACUCUUCUCAUGCAGCUUCUAAUAUCGAACCUAUUAUCGCAUCACAUUCACAAAGUGAACAAGUGCAUGAUGAUGGUUCCAGUUUGUCUAAAGGCUUUGAGUCGUCGUCUUUGAAAGAUUCAUCACCAUCAUUCUCUCAUGAUUUUACUUCACAACUUCACACACAUGUACCAUCAUAUGGUUUUGGAUCAGAAGAAGGAAAAUAUCAAAGCUAUAAAGUCAAUGAGCCAGCAGCAUUUGAACAUGAUGAACAUGCUUUCAGCGGGCGAAGCUUCAACACAGAAAGUGCAGUUUAUCCUUAUCCAUUCGAACACAGUGGAAAAAUUAAUACCGAUUCCCUCUUUGGAUUCGGACCAUCAGAUCAUUCGGGUUAUGAUUUUACAAAGUUUUAA